AUGAGUCAAAAUAGUGGUUCUAGCUACAAUUCAAGAUCUGCUAGAAAUGAAGUGUUUUAUUGUAAAUGUGGAGAUGAGAUGCCAUUGUUGACCUCAUGGACUCCUAGUAAUCCAGGAAGAAGAUUUCGUGCCUGUCCAAACUAUGAGAGAGUUAAAAACUGUGAUGUGUUCAAAUGGCAUGAUCCUGAGAUGUGUGCUAGAUCAAAGAAUAUUAUCCCUGGAUUGAUAAGAAGAAUAGACCGUUUGAAUGAUGAAUUGGCUAGCUAUAAGGAAAAAAGAGAUAUAAGGGCAAAUGACGAAGAUAUGAUGGCAAAUGAAGAAGCUAUGAUGGCAAAGCAAGAAGAUAUGAUGGCAAAGGAAAAGAAGUCCUAUGAAAGAAAAAUAAAGAAAAUGGAGAAUUUAAUUGUGAUGUAUAACAAUAGAAUGAAGAUCUUGAAAGUUCUUUUGAUUGUCUUAGGUUGUUUAAUUGUCAUUGUAAUGAUGAAAAUUAGUGGUUAG